CGUCCUCUCCAAAAAAACAGCCCACAGUUGAAGCGAAAACACGAAAGCUCAGUGAUAUUUCUCUCCAGGUCUGCACACUCGUCUCCUAUCGAGACUGUCGGCGGCCAUCGUCGCCCACGCUGUGCUCAUGCUAAGUGUCGAGGCUCACACGUACUACUACUACCCGACCGCGAGGCCGAGACGGAAGCUAUGCGCCUGCAGAAACGUCUUGCAAGAAACCGCCCCGCGUGACGCGGAGGCAGAUCCCUGCCGCCACGGCGAGAGGAAGAGCAGGAGAAGGGGCGACGGUGCUUAUUACAUCGACAAGGACGGCGGCGGCGUAGCCAGGACCUUCGACCGGAAGAAAAUAUCCAGAAAGAGGGGGGGUGCUAUCAAAGGGCGUGGAUGGAAGUACGGCUCCGGGUUCGUCGACGGAGUGUUCCCAGUGCUGAGUCCGAUGGCGCAGGAUGUGCUAGAACUCGUGCAGACGAGGGGGACCGACGCCGCCAGCGUCUGGGAGUCACUGGACAAGAUCCCUCAAGCACACGAUCUUUGGGACGACAUCGUCAACGUCGCCGUCCAGCUCCGCCUGAACCGGCAAUGGGAGCCGAUCAUCACAGUCUGCGAGUGGGUCCUGCGCCGGAGCUCGUUCCGCCCCGACAUCAUCUGCUACAACCUGCUCAUCGACGCGUACGGCCAGAAGCGUCAGCUGAGCGAGGCGGAGGCGGCCUACAUGGCGCUUCUGGAGGCUCGCUGCGUGCCUACGGAGGACACCUACGCUCUGCUGCUGCGCGCGUACUGCGGCUCCGGGCAGCUGCACCGAGCCGAGGGCGUGAUUUCGGAGAUGCAGAGGAACGGGAUCCCUCCCACUGCGACUGUGUACAACGCGUACCUGGACGGUCUGCUGAAAGCGAGGUGUUCGGAGAAGGCGGUUGAAGUGUACCAGAGGAUGAAGAAGGAGCGCUGCAGAACUAACACCGAGACCUACACCCUGAUGAUCAACGUGUAUGGGAAAGCAAAUCAGCCGAUGUCGUCGUUGAGAGUGUUCAGGGAGAUGAAAUCGGUCGGGUGCAAGCCCAACAUCUGCACCUACACGGCGCUGGUGAACGCGUUCGCGCGGGAAGGCCUGUGCGAGAAGGCAGAGGAGGUGUUCGAGGAGAUGCAGCAGGCUGGGCACGAACCUGACGUGUACGCCUACAAUGCUCUGAUGGAAGCUUACAGCCGCGCAGGGCUGCCGCAAGGGGCGUCGGAGAUCUUCUCUUUGAUGGAACACAUGGGGUGCGAGCCUGAUAGAGCCUCUUACAACAUACUGGUGGAUGCUUUCGGACGAGCUGGUCUUCACCAAGAGGCGGAAGCAGCGUUCCAAGAGCUGAAGCAGCAGGGCAUGCGGCCGACGAUGAAGUCGCACAUGCUGCUCCUGUCGGCGCACGCCAGGUCCGGCAACGUGGCGAGGUGCGAGGAGGUGAUGGCGCAGCUGCACAAGUCCGGGCUGCGCCCGGACACCUUCGCGCUCAACGCCAUGCUCAACGCGUACGGCCGGGCCGGGCGGCUGGACGACAUGGAGCGGCUCUUCGCGGCCAUGGAGCGCGGCGACGGCGCGAUCGCCGGCGCCCCGGACACCAGCACGUACAACGUGAUGGUGAACGCGUACGGGCGCGCGGGGUACCUGGACCGGAUGGAGGCGGCGUUCCGCUCCCUGGCGGCGCGGGGCCUCGCCGCCGACGUGGUGACGUGGACGUCCCGCAUCGGCGCGUACGCCAGGAAGAAGGAGUACGGGCAGUGCCUGCGGGUCUUCGAGGAGAUGGUGGACGCCGGGUGCUACCCGGACGCCGGCACCGCCAAGGUGCUGCUCGCCGCGUGCUCCGACGAGCGCCAGGUGGAGCAGGUCAAGGCCAUUGUCAGGUCCAUGCACAAGGACGCCAAGACGCUCUUCGCAUUGUGAAAUCCGCGCAGGCUAAAUUCCGAUCCUGCUGCGUGAUCACAUACGAACCUUGACGAGAGUCACCUAGCUUGCAUACUGGUUAACAAGUCACAAGGCCCCGUUUGGUUACAUAUAGAAUAAUCUACUUUUUAGUCCCGUUUAGUACUUAAUUGUAUUUAGUCUCUAGCCCUUCACUGUAAGGGCCUCACAUCACAUGGGUGCUAAAGGGGACGAAAGGACAUCAUUUACUCUAAUUACCAUUGCAUAGAG